UUUUCUAAAAUAACAGAUAAUAACUUAUCUUUACUAUAUAUAUUUUUUACAUAAUAUACAUGUGAUUUAAAUUUAUUUUUAGAUGUUACAAUCAAAACUUAUAUUUACAACAAGCACUUUGAAAGUCGCUGGAAGUUUUGUAUCUGAAAUAUUGUUUAGAAAAGCCAAUAUUGUGAGGUACACAUCAACAACUGCAGCUAUAUUUGGUCGUACACAAUGGUCUUAUACACGCCCCAGAAAUACAGACAUGACUAUUGAAGACCUCCCUCACAGACUGAGAGAUGGCAAGUUUUACCGUAAUCAGUCAAAAAGUGGCAGAGGUGAAGAUGGUCGCAUAAAAAUACGACACAAGGGUGGAGGGCACCAAAGAAACUUUAGAAUUGUUGAUACAGUUCGUGUACCAGUGUCAGAGCCAGGCCAAGAACCAAAAACUAUUAAGGAUAGAAUACUUCAAAUAGGCUACGAUCCUUUUCGCACUGCCCACAUUGCUCUUGUUGCUGGUAACGGUGGUAAUCAGACCAAAUUGAUUCUAUGCCCGCAUGAAACAAAAGUUGGCGAUAUAUUAACAGCAUCGCGUGGGAAACCUGCGUCCCUGGCACGUAUGGUACCAGGAGACGCAUACCCUUUGGAAUAUUUACCACUUGGUACAAUGGUCCAUAGUAUUGAGAAGUUGCCAGGUGAAGGAGGGAUUUAUUGUCGUGCUGCUGGGACAUAUGCUACCUUACUAAGAAAAUCUGACGAUAUUGCAGUUUUAAAGUGCCCUGAUAAAAGACGUCCUCAGUUGACUGUGAGUGUUAAAUGCUUAGCAGUGAUUGGACGUGCCUCUAAUAUCAAUAAAAAACAUGAAAUUAUUGGUAAAGCCGGUCGCAGUAGGUGGCUGAAUCGUAAACCCAGGGGCCAAACCGGCAAGGACAGAUGGCAUCACAAGAAGAAAGUCAGAUAAUGAAAUUGUUAAUACUUGUUACAAAAUUAGUUUGUGUUUAAAUGUGGAAAAAUUAUACAAGAGAGUGAAAAAAAAAUUUUUUCUUUUUUUUAAGGGUAGCUCCUCCUAUAAUCUCCUUAAUUCUUCUAAAAUAGAAGAGAGAGAUUAAGAAUCUUCUCAAAUUUUUCUAAAAUUUGCAAUUUUAGACUUAAAUAAAUAUGUUUGAUAAACGUAACGAAUAACUACUGCUAUUAUUUUUCAGGAAAAUGUCACUGUAUAUAAAGAACGUUCAUAAUUAACGAAAAUAGGAU